GCCCAAUGUCCAACUCGCGACACAUCUAAAAAUCAUAUCAAUCAAUUUGCAAUUUGUGUUACUUACAAAAAUAAUUUAAUAAAAUAAAAUGAAAAUGUUGAUAAAGUUCCUGAAAGCUUGUGCAAUAUUCGCGUUCUUUUUUAAAUAUGCGUCCGCUAUCCGUUGUUUCGAGUGCAACAGUAUGAACAACUCCAUGUGCCUGGAUCCCACCAUCUACGACAAGGAGACCAUCAACAACUUCCUACCAAUCGCAGAGUGCGGCCGUGGCAUCUACUCCGCUAAUAACGAAUUCUUUUGCAGAAAGAUUAUUCAGACCAUUCUCCACAAGGGUUACGAGCCGGAGGUCCGUGUGACCCGUAGCUGUGGCUGGGUGCGCCACCACCGCGAUUGCUACAAGGCUGACAAUGAAGACCAUCUAGAGACCGUCUGUCAGUGUUUCGACAAUGAGUGUAACUCUGCCCCCAUCCGCAAGAGCGCACUGGCGUUGGUUUUAGGCGCGACAGUUAUGAUGUACCUGUGAUUUAAUACAGUAUUAUUUUGAUUGAC